AUGGCGAACGAGAGUUCUUCAGGGAAGAGAUGGCUUCCACUUGAAGCUAACCCAGAGGUUAUGAAUCAGUUUCUCUCGGGACUUGGUCUCGCGCCAGAUGAAGCAGAGUGCAAUGAUGUGUUUGGAUUAGACGACGAGCUUCUCGAGAUGGUGCCAAAGCCUGUUCUCGCUGUUCUCUUCCUUUACCCCAUCACCAAAAAGAGUGAAGAAGAGAGAAUCGAGCAAGACAAGGUGAUCAAGGAAAAGGUGCAUAGUGAUAAAGUUUACUUCAUGAAACAAACUGUGGGUAAUGCUUGUGGAACCAUUGGUCUUCUUCAUGCUAUUGGGAAUAUUACCUCAGAAAUCAAGCUUUCUGAGGGAUCGUUCUUGGAUAAAUUCUUCAAAUCCACUGCCGAUAUGACUCCUAUGGAGCGUGCGAGGUUUCUUGAGAACGAUAGUCAAAUAGAAGAUGCUCAUUCUGUAGCUGUUACAGCUGGUGAUACACCUGCUACAGACGACGCGGACACGCAUUUCAUCUGUUUAGCUUGUGUAGAUGGUGAGCUCUAUGAACUUGAUGGAAGAAAAGCAGGACCAAUCUCACAUGGUGGUUCCUCUCCAGCUACCUUGUUGAAGGAUGCGACGAAAGUGAUCAAGAAGAUGAUUGAGAAGAAUCCAGGCUCGCUCAAUUUCAAUGUGAUAGCUAUCUCUAAGAGAACCUGA